AUGUCUAAUGAAUCGGAUGCAGCCAUCUCCCUGUGCGAUGCCAUCGUCCAUGGCAGUGUCCCGCAGUCGGAACAACUCCUGACCUCUGAUCUGUCCUCUUCGACCAUCUCGGCGCUCCUUGCCCAAAUAUCCCAGACGCGGCGUGAGAUUAGUGAUGAAAUCAGAGAAAAGAGUAGGGAUGAGGCUGGAUCGGUGGAUCAAUGGAUCUCCCGGGCAAAGAAGGUUCAGGAGGACAUCGCCCGCUGUAAACUCGAGUCCAAACGCAUUGUGGAGGAGCACCAACAACUGCAAGCUUUGAGAGACCAGGCAACAGACUAUCAACGCAAAGUCGAACUUCUCGACACGGAGAUCGACUUCACCGAGACCCUGAGACAAGAGCUGGAGGAUGUAUCACUGAAGACGAAGGCAUUGAGAGAAGUCGAGGAGUGUUUGGCCAAGGAUGACCCGUGUGGAGCUGCCUCAAAGUUGCAGGAGCUGGAUAAAAGCCCUGCAAGCAAAUUCAGGUCCAGGACAACGAAUAUUGUUCGAGAUCUAAAAGACGAAUUACGCCUCAAGACUCGGCUACAGCUGGAAACAAAGCUGAAUGCUCAGAUUCUCAUUCGGAGAGAGCCGCGGAGAGCAAACCUUGAGAUUCUCCCCAAUGAGCCUGGGUCCAACACAUUCAAUUUUGAUGCCAUACUUCAAGCUCUUACCGACCUGGGUGAUGCGCAAGGUUCUGUCGAACCUUUGACGGACAGGCUUCGGACAGUGCUGGUCCAGCCCCUUCGACGCACUGCCCGAUCGAAGCUCUCGACAUACCAGGUGGAGCAACAUUCCUUGAACAUCGAGUUAAGCACAACUCUGCCGUCCAUAGACUUGGUCCUUGAUUUUGUCCUUGAUAUUAUAAACUUUCUGCAAACUUCUCUGCCGAAGAUGAUACAGGGUGCUGCAGUUACCGCCAUCCUUCCGGACCUGAUGAGUGUUCUGGUGUCGGACUGGCUGGUCCCCGAGCUACCAAUAGACCUCGCCAUGCUGGAUGGUCUCGAUAAGCUGCAACAAAGGGUGACUGUAAUUCUGGACAAAUUGAAAUCAUUACAGUGGACUGGGCAAGCCCAGCUUCAAGACUGGAUGGAUGACAUUCAGCGUACUUGGUUGAACAAGCGCAAGGCAGCUACACUGGACGCCGUGCGGAAAGCAUUUGCUUCUGCAAAGGGUCAUCUCAGACAGGUCGAGAGAGUGGAAAAACAGGUCAUGUCGACAGCCACAGAAGAGCCCAAAGCUGGCGACAAUGAAUCCAAUGACUGGGACACUAGCUGGGACGAAGAUAUCAAGGACAAAUCAUCGACAGGAGAAGCUCCAACGGAAGGCGACGGUACAGAGGACGAAGACACGAGUGGUUGGGGGUUUGACGAGGAAGAAAACAGCGCAGAGAAAGAAGACAAACAGAAUGGCCACGCCGCAUCUCAUGACGAGGAUGAUGCAGGAGAGGCCUGGGGCUGGGAUGAUGAGAAUCAAGAGAAGAGAUCGGAGCAGGCAGUCAAGGACGCUCCCACCGAGACGAAUGGUGCACGAGGGCCCCGGGAGACCGAGCAUGAGGUCACCUUGACUGAAGUCUACAGCAUCAGCGAGAUUCCGGACCAUCUCGUUGAAAUCAUAGGCAGGGAUUUCUCGGAUGCUCAAGCUAUCGAAGAGACCAAACACAAGAAUCUUGAACCUGCAACAGCAUCAAAAGGACUCCUGGCCCUGCCGACACUGGCUCUGGCUAUGUUCCGCGCGACGGCACCCAGUUAUUAUGGUGCGUCCUCGUCUCUAACCGACAUCCACCGCUACAACGACUCCCUCUACAUUGCCGAGCGACUUCGUGACAUGACCAUCCCAGCGGGGAUGCCGCACAUCGACGCCGACAUCAAAGCCAUGGAGAAAUUCGCCAAAAUGGCAUACUCGAAAGAGAUGGAGACCCAGCGAAUUAUCGUUUGGGACUUGCUGGAAGGAGCCCAAGGGUUCACGCUGUGCACCCAGUUCCCCUACUCCCAGGAGAUCGAGAACGCCGUCUCUUCAGUCGUCGAUCGCAUCCGCACGCUGCACACGGACUGGAAACCCAUCCUCUCGACAUCGGCGUUGAUGCAAAGCAUCGGCUCGCUGGUCACCAUGGUCAUCACCAAAGUGAUCUCCUCGAUUGAAGAGAUGGACGACAUCUCCGAACCCGAGUCCCGGAGACUCACGGCCUUCUGCCAACAGAUCGCCAGUCUAGAAGACCUCUUCCUCUCGACCCCUCCGGCCGGAGAUCCCGAGCAGCCUCAAGACCCUAUCCCCAUGGUGGCCGUGUACGUCUCCAACUGGCUGCGUUUCCAGUACCUGAUCAACAUCCUGGAGAGCUCGCUCGUCGACAUCAAGUACCUGUGGACCGAGGGCGAGCUGAGCCUGGAGUUCAGUGCCGACGAAGUGGUCGAUCUGAUCAAGGCGCUCUUCGCCGAGAGCCCGCAUCGCAGGAGCGCCAUUGCGGCCAUCAGAGGCUCGCGGCUGUCCAGGUAA